AUGGCGGACGCCUGGGAGGAGAUCAGGCGGUUGGCGGCUGACUUUCAGCGGGCGCAGUUCGCCGAGGCCACACAGAGGUUGUCAGAGCGGAACUGCAUUGAGAUUGUGAAUAAAUUGAUUGCUCAGAAACAGCUAGAUGUAGUUCACACACUUGAUGGGAAGGAAUAUAUUACUCCAGCCCAAAUUAGUAAAGAAAUGAGAGAUGAGCUACAUGUCCGAGGAGGUCGAGUAAACAUUGUUGAUCUACAACAGGUAAUUAAUGUGGAUCUGACUCAUAUUGAAAGUAGAAUUGGUGACAUUGUAAAAUCAGAAAAGCAUGUUCAGCUAGUUCUGGGACAACUGAUAGAUGACAACUAUUUGGAUCGGUUAGCAGAAGAGGUAAAUGAUAAAUUGCAAGAAAGUGGUCAGGUCACCAUAUCAGAACUAUGUAAGACCUAUGAUCUUCCUGGAAACUUUCUGACACAGGCACUAACGCAGCGACUAGGUAGAAUUAUUAAUGGACACAUUGAUCUUGAUAACAGAGGAGUAAUAUUUACUGAAGCUUUUGUAGCUCGACAUAAAGCACGCAUCCGUGGACUGUUCAGUGCUAUUACCCGGCCUACAGCAGUGAAUUCUCUCAUUUCAAAAUACGGAUUUCAAGAGCAGCUGCUUUACUCUGUGCUUGAGGAACUUGUUAAUAGUGGACGUUUACGAGGUACUGUGGUUGGUGGGAGACAGGAUAAGGCGGUGUUUGUUCCUGACAUUUACUCCAGAACACAGAGUACUUGGGUGGAUUCCUUUUUCAGGCAGAAUGGCUAUCUAGAAUUUGAUGCUUUGUCCAGACUUGGAAUCCCAGAUGCUGUGAGCUACAUAAAGAAAAGAUACAAGACUACACAACUCUUGUUUUUGAAAGCAGCUUGUGUUGGUCAAGGACUUGUAGAUCAAGUGGAAGCAUCAGUAGAGGAAGCCAUCAGCUCUGGAACAUGGGUUGAUAUUGCACCUCUGUUACCCAGUUCUUUAUCAGUCGAAGAUGCUGCAAUGUUGCUUCAACAGGUGAUGAGAGCAUUCAGCAAGCAGGCUUCAGCUGUAGUCUUUAGCGACACUGUUGUAGUCAGCGAAAAAUUCAUAAAUAACUGCACAGAACUGUUCAGUGAACUGAUGCACCAAAAAGCUGAAAAGGAAAUGAAAAAUAAUCCUGUUCAUUUAAUCACUGAAGAAGAUCUGAAACAAGUCUCCAUUUUAGAAAGCAUUAACACAAGUAAAAAGGAUAAAAAAGAUGAACGAAGGAGAAAAGCAACAGAGGGCAGUGGAAGUGUGAGAGGAGGUGGUGGUGGCAAUGCCAGAGAGUACAAAAUAAAAAAAAUCAAGAAGAAAGGAAGAAAAGAAGAGGAUAGUGAUGAUGAGUCAUCUCAUACUGGAAAGAAGAAGCCAGAGAUCACUUUUAUGUUCCAGGAUGAGAUUGAAGAUUUUUUAAGAAAACACGUACAAGAUGCCCCUGAGGAGUUUAUUUCUGAACUUGCCGAGUACUUAAUAAAACCUCUUAAUAAAACUUACCUCGAGGUGGUGCGUUCAGUGUUCAUGUCUUCAACUUCUUCUGCCUCUGGAACUGGUCGAAAGCGCACUAUCAAGGACUUGCAAGAAGAGGUUUCAAACCUGUAUAAUAACAUUCGGCUUUUUGAAAAGGGGGUGAAGUUCUUCACAGAUGAUACGCAAGCUACUCUUACAAAGCAUUUGCUGAAGACAGUAUGUACUGAUAUCACUAACCUCAUUUUCAACUUCUUAGCUUCGGAUUUAAUGAUGGCAGUAGACGAUCCUGCAACCAUCACAAAUGAAGUAAGAAAAAAAAUUUUAAGUAAAUUAUCAGAAGAAACCAAAGUAGCUCUCACAAAACUACAUAGCUCUCUGAAUGAAAAGAGCAUAGAAGACUUUCUUUCUUGUCUGGAUUCUGCAGCAGAGGCUUGUGAUAUUAUGGUGAAAAGGGGAGACAAAAAAAGGGAAAGGCAGAUAUUGUUCCAGCAUCGACAAGCACUGGCUGAACAGCUAAAAGUCACAGAAGACCCUGCUCUUAUUCUGCACCUCACAUCAGUCCUUCUGUUUCAGUUCUCAACCCACAGCAUGCUCCAUGCACCUGGAAGAUGUGUCCCACAGAUCAUCGCCUUUCUCAGUAGUAAAAUUCCAGAGGAUCAGCAUACUCUUUUGGUAAAGUAUCAAGGUUUAGUUGUAAAGCAUUUAGUUAGUCAAAAUAAGAAGACUGGCCAGGGAGAUGAUCCUUUGAGUGAUGAAUUAGACAAAGAACAAGAAGAUAUCACCAAUACUACUCGUAAAGAGCUUCAAGAACUUUCUUCAUCCAUUAAAGACCUUGUUCUCAAAUCCAGGAAGUCAUCUAUGACAGAAGAGUAA